UUAAAUUUAAGCAUCAAUAAUUACAGUACAAGUUGUGAAGGUUUUUUAAUUCGACAAUAUUGUUACUGUUAAAAAUAUCAAGAAAAGAAAUUAUUUUAUUCCGUUAAAUGGAAUUUAUAUCAAGAAAAAACAAUAACACUAACUCACAAAAGUUAAUUUUUGUACAAAUAUCAAUAUUUUGUCAUAAAAAUGAAUUAGUAUGGUCGCAGUGGUUUUGUUAAGAGUCAGUUGGUAAUGUGAUAGCAAAAAAUUGCGAAAAGGUUACGGCCGACUUGUCCGUAGAAAUAGGCCUAAUGGAUCAGCAGUUCUGUCUACGCUGGAACAACCAUCCAAACAACCUGACAGAUGUACUUAGUAACUUACUGCAACGAGAAGCAUUGGUUGAUGUUACCUUGGCUUGUGAUGGUGAAACGUUCAAAGCACACCAGACCAUACUUUCUGCGUGUAGUCCAUAUUUCGAAACCAUAUUUCUCCAAAAUACUCACCCUCAUCCUAUUAUAUUUCUCAGAGAUGUUAAUUAUACUGAAAUGAAGUCCUUGUUGCAAUUCAUGUAUAAGGGCGAAGUAAAUGUCAGUCAGAAUUUACUUCCAAUGUUCUUAAAAACUGCGGAAUCACUUCAGAUUCGUGGACUUACUGACAAUGCAGUUAGAAAACGUGAAGAACCACUUACCCAUGUUUCUGAAUCUCCUGUCCGAACUGGUGAACACCGUAGUGGAACAAACAGUCCAAUGCCUGUGCCAGAAAAAAGAAAACGAAAGACUUCUGGUAGUUGUGAUGCUUCUGCAACUGGUGCAGCAAGUGAACGUUUAAUUACUGAUUCCCAGGCAUCAUCACACAGUAGCGGUUUCAAAUUUAGCUCAGCCCCACCCGCUUUGCCCAAGCUGAACCCCAUCACAAGUCCGGACGUGGAGGAGGUCGACAUAGCUUCGUCCCCGCCUCUGUCGAUCAAACAGGAGAUGGAGACGAGCCAUUCAGAGUACAAGGACCUCGACGCCAGCCACUCGGAGUACAAAGACGCCUUUGCCGGCCUAUCGGAGACCAUGCCGCUGCCGUCGACGGGAUCGCUGGGCCGCUUCCAUCAGAACAACCUCAACGCAAUGGACGCCUCCCUUGAUCCGGGAGACCAGGACCAAGGCCCCGCCUCCCAGGACACCUUGGACGGACUUGAUGGCUCAAAAGCAUGGCACAUGAGGCUAACAUUUGACAAGCUGCCUGGGUUCUCCAAUUUGCAUCGAUGCAAGCUUUGCGGCAAAGUCGUUACGCACAUUCGCAACCACUAUCACGUACACUUCCCCGGGCGUUUCGAGUGCCCGCUCUGUCGAGCCACCUACACCCGCAGCGACAACCUCCGCACCCACUGUCGUUUCAAACACCCGCUCUUCAACCCCUACACCAGAAAGUUCGACUCAGAGUCCCUGGACCUGAAAACGGUUUCUCUGAACAACAACGAAAAGACCUCAUGAUCGUCAGCUGAAUACUUAAACCACUACUUGUGGUCCUUGAUGGUGUCAAGGUUCAUGUUUUACUCCGGUUUGUGCAACCAGUACAAUUAGUUCGUCUCGCUGUCCAAGUAGGUUCAUCAUUUUAAAAUUAACCAAAUCAGCAACGUGUUUGAGUUAUGUGUACGUAUUUUCCUUUUGAUUUAAUUGUACUAUGAGCUUAACAUUAAGACUUAACAUUUCUUCGGGUGCAUAUUACUGUAUAGAUGAUGCCUUAUUGUAAACAUUUGGAAAAAGACAUACAGUGCAAUCAACUAGCUAGAUUUUGCAUAUCAUACUAGUUGAGAAGUUUGGUUAUUUUCAAAUUAAAAAAAAAAGAUCUUUAGAACAAUUUCUUACAUUGGUUAUGUAUGCUAAAUUUUUUUGCAACAUUAAUAUUGUUAGAUUUUGUAAAAGAUGAAAUCACUUAAUUUGUUUAUCUGUUUAGUAUGUAUGUAUUCGAAAACUUUUUUUAUUUAUUGGUACCAAAUAUUUAUAUAUUCUUUAUAUGUUUAUGAUAAUAGUCUUACCAAAGUGGUACAUUUUGAAAACAAAAACAGAAGUUAUUUUAAUUGUUUGUUGUACGCUUGUAUAUAACUCGCAGGCCGAGAGUUAGUUGAUGUUGAAUGAAGAUGGAAGGCAUUUUACUGCCUUUCAUGAAACAAUUGAUAAGAUUUUUAUAGUUUGUUAUAUUUGUAAGAUUUAUGUGGAAAUUUUAAGUAUGGGUGUGAAUGAUAAUUUUAUUGUUUAGGGUUGUGAAGUUAGUUGGGCACAUCUGUUUGUAACAUAUUCACAUCGUAGUAUCUUAAACAGUGCAUUUUUGGCCGCUAUUAUAAUUUCUUCUUAUUCGGUUGUUGGUGAUGGACGGACAUAUUUCAGGUUAAAUCUUCUUGAAACAAUAUUUGCUAAGCAAGCUUUAAAUGAUUUUGGUGCAUUUAUGGAUGGAAACCUUUCUAAAAAGUUCACUCAAAAGUUAAGGUUAAAAAAAAAUUACUGGAUAUCUUUGAGUAAAACAUUUUUACAAAAAAGACAUUUUUUAACGAAAAACUCGGUUUAAUUUCAUGACUGCUUUGCAAUGUGCAUUACUUAAACUUAUUAAAGAUAUUUGAGUCUGGCUAAAAAAUGAAUAUAUAAAUACGUAUACAAAGUAGCGUGAAAAAUUUUGUAAAAUUAAAUUAUACGAAUUAAAAGGGAAUGUAAUUAUGAAGUCAUGUUGGUGGUUAUAACUGUGAUAAGAGUAGUUUUUCUGAUUACAGUAUAAUUUUUUUACAAUGCUUUUAAAUUGUGUCUAAUCAAUUUCUCAUAAUUUACUAAGGUUUCGGGAGAGCUGAAAAAUGCUCAUCAUUUUCCCUUGUAGAAUGUAUUCUGUUUGCCGGUAUUACAAAUCAGUAUUUGUGUAGAAUAUGAUUUCAACAGUUCUGUGCAACUUCCAAAAAAAAAAACCUUUCAAAUCAUCUAUGUUAAAUGUGAAAAAAGUACAAUAUUUAGUAUUUCAUCUGUUUUGUUGUAAUGAAAUUUACUGCACUUUUCAUUUGCAGAUACUGUUCUGUUGAUUUUGCUGUUAUUUUUCUAGUCUUUUUAUAGUGUUUUUCAUUUGUUUACAACAAUCUUAUUAUCUUUGUAUAUCAAAGUUUUGAUACUGUCUAUGUCAUGAUUGUACAGAAAAAAAAGUGUUGUUAUUUGUACAUAAGUUUUACUUUAUAAACAGUGCGACAAAUUUGCACCAAGAGACAUCAGGAAAAAGUAUUAUACUUUCUAGCUUAGAGGUAGUGAUCUUGCAUUCUACACUUCAUUUUCCAGAUGAAGAAAUAUUUUGGCUGGUGAACAAAAAAGUGCAGUGACUUUAAGACUAUGUUUAUUAAAACUUUGACUAGACUUUCUGGACAGUUCAAAACUGGUGGUCAGAUUGCGAUGAACCGGCCAAAGAAUCACUACCUCUAUCCCAAUCCUGGUAAUUUUCACUGUUCAGUCUUAUGAGAGUAUUUUUUCAACCAUACCAUCUGGAUCUGAGUGGAAGAAUGCCCAGCAGCUGUUUUUAAGUAGGCAGGAUAUAUCUGUAGUCAUGUAAUAGACUGUACGUAUUGCACACAAAGGAAAAUUGGCUGUGAAUUCUAGCUUUUAUGUAGAAUUCGCCAGUUGCAAACCUCUAUUUUUACUUGUCAGAUUUGAGUAUCGUGUAAAUGUUUUAAAAUCUUUGUAAUUUGGCUUAGUGUAAGGUAAAGUCUGUACAACUUCCAUAAUGUGUUUUAAACAAGUACAGAUGCAGUUAAUGAAAUUACUUGUAGUGUUCUAGGAUUUAAAAAAAAUAUAUUAUUGUUAAUACAAUAUAAUAUUCAAAUUGGUUUUAUUUAAUGUAUAUAAGAUAAGGGUGUAUUAAUUAAUUUUAUCAGCAUUUAUUUUCACUUAAGCUCUAAUUUAUUUUUAUACUAAAUUUAAUAUAUGCUGUCAUAUAUUAAUACAUAGUUUGGUGCUUAGUGUUGUUCUACUUACUUUAAAAAUAUAGAAGUUGAUAUUGUAUGUGGUUAGAGGUUUUUAUUUGGUUUAUUGUGUUGUUUACAUGUUAUGUUGUAACAAAUUUUGGAGUAAUGAUUUUAAUACUUAUUGUUUUCUAAGGUUUGGCAAAUUAUUUAUGUAUUACAAUAUAUAUGUAUUUAAUGUAGAUAUGGUUGAAUUAUUUUGAGUGCAUUAUCAGGGUUUAUAAAAAUUAAGAUAUUAGGAUAUUACUAUUGAGUGUGUUUUAAACAUGUUGCUGUUGAAAGUUUUUUAAAUAUAAAAUUUGUGAUGUGGUAAGUGGAUUAAAUGUUCAGCAUAUCAUAGGUGAAGCUACAGGAGCCAUUGUGGAUGGUACUCCCCUUAGAGCAACUGGAGAUCAGAUGACAUUAAUAUUUUUCAACUUACAAUAUUAGGGGUGUGCUUUACAACUUUUGUUAAGGUUUCUUUUAGCUUGUAACAAGACUAUAACUUUGCAAAAACAUUAUAUUUCAACACGUGUAGUAAUGCAUCAAGCUUUACAGAGAGAGCAUGUAGAGAAAGGCCCAGCUGAUAUGUUGAUCUAGUCAGUAUGAACAUGAAUGACACUUAGGAACUUAGGUGGUUAGAUAGCCAGUGUGAGUGUUACUGAAAAACUCCAAAGGUGAAAAGGUGAAAUGACAUGUAGCGGUAAAUAUGAGGCAGUUCUAUGCCAAAAGACCUAAUAUUUUGUGCUAGGGAUUCCACUAUCUUGUUGUACUUGCAUCCCACUGCUCUGAUGCUGUAAGUCUGUCGUCUGUCCAGAAAGCAUUAUAUGUGUUUGGAUUAUUUUGAAAUUGAAUUUUGUGUAAGGCAUAGCACAUAUGUAGAACAGGUUAAAUUAGACAAGAAAGAAUAAUUCAUUGCUGUUUCAACACAAGUGGUAGGCUGAGCAUGUAAAAUACUCUGGAUCAACGUAGUUAUGUAGCUGUAACUUCAGUUAACAUACCUUGCACUCGCUUUUCAAGAUAUCUGACAGGUGAAGCCACACAUUACUGACGUAGGAGUUAAGUGCUGCCAAGUACUCCCGUAUGGAAGUGUCGACCAUGUAUGUAUCUCCUACCGAGUUCUGCUGUGAAGACACUGCUACAUAAAUUAAAUGUACUUACUGCUUAUUAAUUAGUUUAUUUAUAUAUAUGAUUCAUUCCCAAAUACAGCUUGGUUUUAUUUCAUUAUAAAGUUUUUAAAACUACACGCAGAUGAUACAAAACAUUCAGCAUCUGCUGUGAACGCCAUAGCCUAUAAAAUUGUUGUCCAAAUGAAUUUAUGUUAUAAUUGUAAAAUGUUAAAACUUUUAACAUUACUGUACACUCUUCUCAAUAACAGUUUCGAUGACUGUGCCUAUACACAAGAAACGCUUGCAUUCUCUAAAGUUUAAUAUUAAGAUUCUAGUUUGGAUCUACAGUGUUAUACAGUGUUAUACAGCAAGGCAGUGGAAUCUACAUUGUAAAAUUAAAUGUUUAUACUUCAUUGUUAUUUUUUUAUUUAAGAAAAAAAAUUAAGUAUAAAAAUAGUUUUUUCAAAAUUUGUUUUUAAUAUUUCAAAUUUAUUUCAAGUUAUUAAUUUCAGUAAAUUAUAAUAAAUAAUAAAAAAAUAUAUAACUUUUAAUAAAUAAAAAUUUUAUUUUAAGGAAAUUCUCGAAGACAUCACAUAGAAUGAGAACACCCAAAUUCAAGCUAGGGGAGUUUUUUCUUCUUUUCUUUCAAGAAGCGGUUAGGGAAUGUGUCAAAAGAUAAGUUCGAUCAGGGUUUUUCCAGUCUAGGUAUGUAGUGUACAAACAGUCCACAAUGGCAUACAGCCGUUCUGCAAGUGUGAUGUAUAUGUUGAAAGUUGCACUUUGCUUCCUAGAUCAUUGUUCCAUCGGCCAACACAACUGCGAUCCACGCGUGUCCUCCCGCUUUCGCGCCGUAGCAAGAGCCACUUGAAACAUUGAAACAAUAAUCUGCAGUAACUUUUUCAUACUUUUUAGUGUACAGCGGUGUUAUUCUCCUCACAAUGCACAGUGUGUUUUAGUUUGACAGCGAUAGUGUGGAAUGUGGCUGAUUCUUAUCCAGGAGUUUUUUUUUACUUGUAAAGCCAUGUCUCAGCCUAUAGUGGGGUCUCCAGGUAAGGCAGACACGUACUCAGAAAUAAUUGUGGAAUUUUACAUGUUUUGAGGUCUAGCCUGCAAGCUAUGAGAACUUUUAACAUUAUGUUGUUAGUGUGGCCCUUGUAAAUAAUAGUCGUGGUUUAUACUUCUCUAUAAAAGAAAAAUAGUUUUGAAAAUGAGUAUCAAAACCAAUCUUCACUGACUUGAUGAAUAAUUAAAUACAUGUCUAGCUUUGCCUAUGCAGCAUAUUGCACUGUUGUUAAAUUGUUCUCAUGUGCGCACACAUUCUAUUCAUGACCGUGUUUGCACCACAUUAAAGAUACAUUUAAUAAUCAUUACUGUACAUUACCACCCCUAAAAAAACUAGUGUUAUUUCACAAAAUUGAAAAAAAAGAUCGUGCUUUUUUUCUAUAGAUUGUUUUAGUAAAAUGGUAGUAGGUUGAAUUCUUUUGGAAUUGUUAUAUUAUUACUAUAAGUUUUGGUGAAGUUUAAAGUAUGGAAAUGUGUGUAGUUAUGAACAACAUUUUUAACAUCUGCAUUUGUUGAUAAGUUUUCUGAGUGUACCUGAUACAGUUGGUUAUUUUUGUUGUCACAUCCACAAGUUCAGCCAGCCUUUUUUUUAUUGUUUCGUGUAAGUAAAAAUGUUAAUUUAUUUGAAGCUUCUAAUAAUUAUUGGCUUACUUAGACAUUUAAUUCAUAUUGUAAUGAGUAUACAUACCUAAUAUUUGAUACAGUUACAGGCAUAUAUAAAAAAAAAAUGAUGUGAAUUUUUGCAUAAUGCUGUCAUGUUUUGGUGUAAUUUACGUUGCAGCUUUAAGUCGUUCAUGAAUUACGUACUGUGAGCUAUCAAGAAACUAGCUAGGACUUGUGUAUGUGCAUUAUGUUUAUUCACUUGCUAUGUACUUUGCGUAAUUAAAGUUAACUGGCGUUCAGUGCAAUUAUAUAUGAAUGUGAGAGGAAUAUGUUUUAGUCGAUACACUUAAUAUCAUGUAAUUGGCCACUUAAUGAUGUGAUAACGUUGAUGUUGAGAUGGGUGCUGAUGUAGUGCAAUACUAGUAGAGUAACGAGAUAUUUUAAUAUUAUAUACUGUUGUGUUUCUUUUUAUAAGAAAGUAAAAUAAUUUAUAUAAAGUAGAAGAAAUGGAAUAUUGGUAAAUGUUUAAAUAAAUGUUUUUGAUAUCCAUGUUUAAGCUGUUUAUAAAUACUAUAUUAUACUAAAAAUACUGUGUAUUACAUAUUUGUAAAUAUUUAAAAAAAAUAUUGGCAUGUGUAUAAGUGAUAUUUUUUAAUAGCUGCAGGUGGGAAAUUAGAAUGUUUGCUUACAAAGAUAAAUUGGAACCAGGCAACAUUAAAAAAAAUUACUUAAAAUUUGAUUUUUAUUUAUUAAGUGACAUCAGUCUGUAACAUUCUACUUCGAGAAUUAUUUUUUCUGACUUGUUUCAUGUAAUUUCUUUUUUUUUCUGUAUUAAUUUUAUUUAAUUUUGAAAUCUUCAUAGUAAUGUAGGUUAACAUCCUUCAUAAGCUUCAAUAUUACUAUCAUUUUUUGCUAAUAAUACCAUUUAAAAUAUAAUUUUUAUUUGUUUGGAUAUUUAUCAGAAAAGUAAAUGUUAGGCUAAUGUCAUUAGAAGGUGGAACAACUAUGCAGAAUAAUUAUGCAGUGAAAUUCCAGUUUUCAAUUAAGUUUUUUAUUCUUAUAUUUUGUGAUAAAAUUGGUGUGCUUUAGUUUGUAAACUUACUUUCUCAGUUGAACAACACAAUUUUUCAGUUAAAAAAACCAUUAAUAAAAUACAUUGAAAUUUGCUUGUCCUGCAUGAAUAUGUUUUCAAAAUAAUUUUUAAUACAUUUUAAUUUUUCUGUAUUUUUAUUGUAUGGUUUGACAAUUAAUUAUUUUCCUGGAAUAGUUUUAAUUUGUGUUGAUCCAGAAUAUUCCAAAUAUUUUUAACAUCACAUAAUGUAAAUUAAUUGUGAGGUAUGAAUCGUGCAAACAUUUCUGAAUUUAGUUUGUGGGUAUAUUUUCCAUUAAGUUUUUGUUGUACAUGUAUUUGAUAUAACAGAAAAUAGUUAAUUACAAAUGUUACAAGGAAUUAUUAUUUUUUUUCCAAAUAUAUUUCAUAAAAUUAAAUUAGGGCAAUAGGCACUCCUCGAGGCAUGGAAUUUGUAUUUAUUCAUUUACCUAAGCACAUCCCUAAGUACGUAGUUGCUAUUGGCCAAUUUAAAGCCUGUGUUACAAUGCUUUUAGCAACAUUAAAAAAUGUAAUCUCAAUAUGUAAGUUUGUUUGUGUUGAUGUCACUUCAAACAUUUUUAACAAGGGACCAAAUGCUGGCAAGCAUAAAGCAACAACAGUGUUGUAUGGUUGAAUCCCCAUGUAAUGUUUGCAUUUGUAACUUUUCUUUAUUUAUGAGUUAUAGUGUGAUGAUAAUCCUUUCUUAAUUUUUUCAAUUUGUACAAAACAUAAAAUUGUGGGUAGUGGUUGGGGGUGGAGUAGGGAUUCUUAUUUAACAGAAUUUGAGAAUCAUGAUUUUUUUAUGUGUUCAGUGAAUGUACAAAUUUGUUUGACUGUUUCAGUUUGGGUUCCAUAAUGCUUGCAGUACAUAUUUAAAGAAAUGAAAAAAAAAGUCAUAUUUAUUAUUUACUUUUUUUUGUUUGCUUGAGAUGAUAUUACUUACUAUGCAGUUUUGCAUGCUGUUUUAGUUUUUGCAUACAGUGUACUUUAUGGUUAUUCAUUCUUAGAAUUUUAAUUUACUUGUUGUUGAACCUGUACCUGUUGUCAGAGUGUGCAUGAUUGGAAUGUGUGACUUGUCUUGGCAUGGACGCUCAUUUUCGUGCUGUUGUUUAUAUGGUGAAAAAAAUGGUGGAGGGGGGGUAUAUUUUGAACAAUUGGGCAUGAAUGCAGACAUGUAAUUCCAUGGCGAUUUGUGGCAUUCAGAGAGAUAACACUUAAAAAAAAAAACACAUUCGUAGCUUGUGUGCAAGUGAGAUUUCUUUAAAGAAAUUAUAUCUUUUAUUGUCCUAUUAGUUGACUUCCAAAAGUCAAGUCCUGUGCUUCAGCAGUAGUUUAUAAUUUAGAGAUUAUUUUUGUCAUAGAUUUCAUAAUAUAUUCUUCCUGUCACCCUAGGAGUCCGUGUGCAUUUGUAAUGUUUUGCCUAAAUUUAAUAAUACUUUGCUUUGUGGAUAUUCUUAAAUCAAUUUUUUUUCCUAUAAUGAUGUUUUAUCACAAAAUUUUAGAAAACAUUUUUGACUUAAUAACUUGAACUGAUAAUUGGCCAUUGUCUUAAGCUUGUGUUACAUAUACUUUUUUAAAACACACUGUCAUAUGCAGAGCUGUUACAACAGGGAGGAGAGGGUGCCCUAUUCCCCCUCCGCCGUAAAUAAAACCUGAAGUGAUGAAGUAUGUCUCCUCCCCCACCCCUUUUUUUAAUCCCAACAUUUAUAUUUACAUUAAUUAAAUAUUUUUCCACAAUUAACUUUUUAGGUUGUAAUGAAACACGUGUUCAUUAAAUGGCUGCUACUCGUGACAGUUUUUGAGCACAAAUUUUCAAAACGUUUGGAAGCGAGGGGAAAAAUGCACAGAACUGGCUUGUCUCACCCAACUCUACCCUCAUUCGUGCCCUUGGCAGCACACGCCCCUUCCCUGAUUAUUUUGUUUUGCGCUCCACACCCUACAGUGGAGGCGCGGGCGAGCAAAGUAAGUAGCUAUAAUAUACUUGGAAUUUCAAAACCAUUUACCAGUACCUUGCUAACACGAGUUUUAAUAUUAGUUUAGGCACAGCCUAUUAUGUAAAAUCCAAUUGUUUCCUGGUAAUUUCAAAUUUUUUCAUGAAGUGUGACAUGUAAGAAUGGAUGUAGGUAGUUUAAAAAUCUUCAAUUUUUUCUUAUUUCCCUUUAAAAAAUACUUCUCAGAUAUGUAUGAUCACUUUAUGCAUCAUUAAUGUAUAGUCAUGGGAUAUAUAAUUUCAGAAAUAUGUAAAUAAAACAACAAAACACAAAUCACCUCGUCCAUUAAGGAAAAAAAAUAAUUUUACGAGACUGUUGUUUGAUAAAUCCAUUGUAUCUUUGCAAACAUUUGCUAUAUCAAUCUCCACUUGAUAUCAAAAGAUAAAACAAUUUAUUUUCACCCCCUCUGGCCUAAAUCUCACUUGUGUUUAUAUUAGUCAUCGUACUACAGCCAACAAGUUUAUUUUAUUAGUUUUUGUGACGAUAAUCAAGCAUACACAGUCAAGCUAUGUGGGAAUCAGGAUACUUAGGUAGUUGCUCAAAAAUGUAUGUUAAAAAGCCAUUCCUUGAAGUGUUUGCUCAAGUCAGUAAAUCAGAAAAAUACAAUCAUUUUUCAGUAAAAAUCCAAUGAAUUUGGUAUACCAUGAGACUUGCUCUUUGAUUCGUUACACUGACGAUAAAACAAGCUGGGUGUGUUUAUUACAAGUUGAAGUGAAUCCAUUUGUGUGUGAUGGGUUGUAACUUCUGUACUGAGGAAAACUUUACACUUAACAAAUUUCAGUACAUUGUUAAGUACAAUGCAGUAAAUACUAGUACAGUACAGUCCAGGUAAUCUGAACUCUAGAAUCCUCGCUGUGUUUCUUUUCAGUCAAAAGUUUGUGUCUUCCCCUAGUUGUCCAAAAUAGCAUUAUAAUUUUGAAAUUUUACUGUAUUCAUUAGUUUCUGCCUCUAGGAUUGCUAUAACUACAAGUUGCGUGUUUUUGCUGUGGUAAUAGGUCUGAGUUCCUCACAUUGUCCUACAGCAAUAUAAGUUUUUUUCUGUACGACAACCUGCAUGAUUUGAUAACCCGCAAAUGUGACAUGCAAGAAGAUACAAGCCUAAAGGGUGUCUAAUGCUUUUUCACUAAAUUUUGCUAAGAUAUUUUGACCAACAAAAAAAAGUAUGUAAAAAGGUAAAUAUUUCAAUACGAAAAGUAAUAUAUCGGGAGAUUAGGUUUUGCUGGUGGUUUGUUUUUAGUUUAAUACUCAUUCCUAAUUUAGUUAAUGUUUGAAAACUAGUACAAUUUUUUUGGGAGUUACAGCUACCACCUAACAUUUGUAAUAAUACUCUUGAGGAUGAGCAUGGUAUUUGUGCAAUAUCCAUAGUUAAAAGAGGCCAUUUGUUUUCAAUUAAUCAUGCCCCUUCGUGUGAGGCAAGCAAAUGUAUUAUGUAUAUUUAUAAUUUAUUACAGUUGUCCCUCGAUAAUCCAACAGGUAAGGGACCAGGGGCGUGUCGGAUUACCGAAAAUGUUGUAUUAUCAAAGAUGUUUUUUUCUCAAUGCUUUUGAACACAAUGAAGUUAACAAAAAGUAUCAAACAGUAUAAGUACAUUUAAUUUAUUAAAACUAGGCUAUGAAAUGACGGUAUGUAUAAGUUUUUAAAAGAAAUACGGAAAGAAAGUAAAGUAAAAUGUACAGUACAUAUGUAAAAAAAAGUACAUACUACAUACUACAUACUACAUAUUUACACAUUAAAAAAGUCUGUGAUUUUCUUCUGCUUCAUCUUACGCAGGUAGUCCAUCAUUGCUUGUUCUUGAAUCCCUUUUAACAUCAAAAUGUUUGAUAAAUCUAACUCUCUCUCUCCUUGCACCAACGAAGCAAAGUUUUGGUUGCCGAUAACGCUUCAUCACAUCUGAUAGUGAAGUUUUUCUCGGGCACUGCCUCCUCGAUCACUUUGUCAUCUACUGUCGUGACUUCCUGGAUUAUUUCUGCGUCUGUCACAUCAGUAGCAAGGUUGUCUUCAAUAAUCCAUGUCUUGAACUCUUCAAUUGAUGCUGGCGCAAGUUCCACUUCGUUACAAAUUUCAAGUGCAGCAUCCAAAAUAGAUUCAGAAUCAUUGGAUGCAGAGUUGCAUGUUGCAAGAUGUGGGUUAUUAGGCCAAAUAUUCUUCCAAGAUUUUAUCAGGGUUGUGCUUUUUAGUUGCUGCCAAGCAAAUGCGGCAUUCAAAAUUGCAUCCUUAAUGUUGAAUUAUUUCAAAAUUGUUGCAAUGUCAUCAUUAGGUUGACUGACAACAUUCAUUAAAAGGCGCUUUUUGUAAUGUGCCUAGAGAGUCUUUAUGACGUUUUGGUCCAUUGGCUGGAUCAAAGCGGUCGUGUUGGCAAGUACAUUACCUCAAUGUACCCAUUGGCAGUUUUAACUUUUAAUUCAUCCUUGUCAGGGUGUCCGGGUGUGUUUUCAAGCAACAGAAGGGCUUUCACUGGUAACUUCUUAUUUUUUAAAUCUUGCUUAACUUGUGGGACAAAGCUGUUAGUGUACCAAUCAUGAAAAACUUCUUUGGUGACCCAUGCACGGCUUUGAGCCAUGUAGGUUACUGGUAGAGAUUCGACCUUUACUUUUUUCAACGUACGUGGUUUUUUUGAUUUACCAACAACAAGCAGUUUUAACUUAUGAGUUCCUGACGCAUUCGCACAUACCAUCAGGGUGAUUCGUUCUUUUUGUAAUUUUCUCCCAGAAAAUUUUUUUCCCUCUUCAGUAACAAAUGUUUUUGUUGGUAGCUGACGCUAAUUUAAGCCGGUUUCAUCGACAUUAUAAAUUUGUUCAGGAACUAGGCCAAGUUCAUUGAUUUUUACGUCCAACUUUCCGAUGAAUUCCUGGAUUUCAGACUCGUUAGCGGACACUUUUUCGCCACUCAUCUGCAUAAAUCUUAUACCAUGACGUUUCUUUAAGUUUUCAAACCACCCGUGACUAGCGCGAAAGUCAGUUUUCUUUGUUAUUACUUGGUAAAAAAGCUGGGCUUUUUGUUUCAAAAUGUCUCCUGAAAUAGGUGCAUUCCGGUUCCGUUGCUGUUUGAACCAAAUAAAAAGAGCGUCAUCGACCUUGGGCGGGUAACUCGCUAGUUCUAAGAGUUUUUCUGUUCAUGGGUUCAUCUUCAACAGACUUCAUGAAUUUUUCAAUUUUUUCCCUAUUUUUCACAAUAUCGUAGACAGAACGUCGUCCAAUGUCAUACACUUUAGAUAUUGCACUCGGAGUUUCUCCACGAUCUAUUCGUUUAAUAAUUUCCCAUUUUUCAGAUAAAUUUAAUGUAUUAUGUUUACGUUUCACACUUGUGCUUGCCAUUUCUAAACUGUCACUACACGCACAAUGCAAACAGUAAAUACAGUCAGCAGUAGUAAUACUGAACGUCCGAUCUACACUUCAACUGCGCACUUACUGAUCUGUCCCCGCGAAAUAAGUGUACAGAGCGGAAGGGGGGGGGGGAGAUUCAUGUCGCUGCAGGCUUGUAUUGUUUCCACAAUAAACAGCUGGUAAAAUUGCUGGCGGCGUGUAGGACUACUGAGUACGUUGGAUUAAAAAGUGUCGGAUUAUCGAGGGACAACUGUACUUACAUCACAAAAACCAUUAUUUUUUACAUUUUUCAUUAUUGUUUUCCCAACAUCGUACAGUUAUUCUCUUUCAGUUAGUCACAUUUCACGGCAUAUGUUCAGUUCACAAUUUAACUUUUUUUUUACCAAGUACAUGAUGGGCUGCAAAGAGUGACAUAGAAACAUUCACUGAUGUUAUAUAGUCUGUAUUGGAAUUCACUGCAUGUGAUGGUCAUGGGCCGUGCAUUUAUAAUGUUUCGGAGUGUAUUUAGUUUAUUAUGAGUUUUGCAUGUGUGGAGGUAAUUUAUAUUAAAGUGUGAUACUAAAUGAACAAUUUUCCUAGGAAAUUUUGUGUUUAUUUCACUUUCUUCACAGUUGCUAGUCAGUUUUGAAUUUCUUGUUUUAGUGUUCAACUGAACACUAAGAUAAUAAAAUUUUCAGGCAAAUUGGGCAAUAGUUUACUUUUCACCUACAUUGAAAGUUUUUCAAAGUUCAUAUCAUUGAGUUUAUCCAGAAUAUAAAAAUAAGCAUACAAUUCAGAACAAAGCUAUUUCCUCCAUAUGCAAGCACAAUAAUUAAUUAUGGACCUGUCCCAAUGGAAUUUUUGAUGCCAAAUUCCAUAUUUGACUGCAGACAAGAAAUUACAUUGUGUGUAAUAUGAACGUGAUUUUUUCAACAUUAAAUACUGUUCCGCCAGCCUCAUCAAAUCACUUUCCCUAUGUCAGAAUUUGUUCCGUUGUUGAUAUUGAAAACCUGUUGAUGCAGUAUCAGUUUCAGAGACAUUGUGUGUCAAAGUUUGAUCAAAAUGUUAACAUCUCCCGUGCUUGUCCCUGCAGUGGUGUACCCAAUUUAAUACGAGAUUUAAAUUCUGAAGUAGAAGCCAUUCCGUAAAUUGGAUCAUGUAACUCGGUCUGUGUGAGACUGAUGUUAUCAGCUAGCAGAAAGCUGUGUGGACUACCCCCUCCAUUUCCGUGAUCGCCCGGUGACAGUGGGGUCUGCGUAGGUUCUUAUGCCUCUUGUUGCGUUAUAUAAUAUUUCUGUACAUUCUUUUAUUUCAGAACUCAGUUGGUAUACCAAAUGUUCUAAAAAAUUUUGUGAACACUUAAAUUUUGUGUGUUGUGUCUAUCAAUAGUGGAAUUAAGAUACCGCAAAAUUAUUGCCUUUGUUUCGUAAGACUUCCUUUUAAAGAAAUCCUUUAUAACAAACAUAUAAAAACUCAGUCCUUUCAGUUUUGUUGUAUAGAGGUUUUACUGUUUCGAACAUUACUGUUGCUAGUGCAGGAACACUGGGCUGAAGUGAAAUGAACUGAACAAGGCUCUGCUCAGAACUGACCUACGGUGUGGACUCACAGGUCUACACCUCUAAAGUAGGCUGCGCUGUUGCAUGCGUGCACUUUUCGCACUUAAGUAUCACAGUUAGUUUUGGGGUUCGACGAUAAAGUUCUGAGAAAUAAUUGAACUAUUGAAACAAUUUUUUUAAGUUAAAAUAUACAUAUGCAGUAGUUUAUUACUAAUCCAAAUAUAUUAGGGCGGAGACCUGUUCGGAUUAUUAUAUUUUUUGGAUUUGCCAAAUAAUUGCUGUAAUGCAACAGCAUAUAGUAAAAUACAUCUCUGUAAGCGUUAAGUUGUCACAGCCCAUCAAAAUUUUUACAAGCACAAAAUCACAAAACAUGUUAAUAAUUGGGUCAAGAUGUAAAAUAAUUUCAAAAAUACAUAAGAAAUAACUUUUUAAAAUUCUUAAUUUCAUGCUAAACUGUUCCAAUUAGACUGGUUUUGUAUUAGCGGACGCCCACUGUAGUUAAACUGAUUGAAUAGUUUAGUAAACCAAGCAAACCUAUUAAAAUGUGCAUGAGAUCAAAACUAUUAAUUCAAAAUCAACAUUUUUUUUAGCUUUAAGCAAUGUGUUACACUAAGUUUGGCUACACUGUCAGUUGGGCAGGUUAUAUACACAUACAAGUUUUGAAUUAGCAGCCUGCAAGUUAUAAUAUGUAGAUAAAUGGAUUCGCUGAAAUUUGUGUUAAAACACGCUUUUAAAUCUAUAUAAGACAAUGGUCAAUUUUUAUAAUUCAUAAAUAUUUGGUCUUUAUUAAAGAACUAAAGAAUAUUUUCAUGAACUUAUUUAAAGAAGUGAUGAAUUUAAAGAGUAAGGAGCAGUGUUUUUUAAGUAUAUAAUGUUGAAAUAAUUCUAGGUAUUUAUCUGUGUUUUUAUAUUCUGGUAGCAAAAUAAAGUGGAGGAAACAAUGUGAUAUGAGUGUGCAUAGAAUUUUACAUAGCAAAAUUUUAUGCAGUUUGUGUGUGACAAAAUUGGAAAACUUUUAAAAAUGUUCUGCAAGUAUUUAACAACAAUUUUGCUUUAAUGUUGUUUUGUUUUUGAUAAAGAGCAUGUUCAACCAAGAGUUUUUUUUAUAGUUACAGAACUUAAUAAUCUUUCAUUUCUAAUGCCAAAAAUGCAAUUGAAGGCUAUAUUUGUGUCCACAAAAACAUUUCCUUAACUAUAAUGUCCACAUGUUGGAUAUCUUAGCUAAUAGUAACUGUCUGUAUUCUGGAUAACCCUGGAAUUUUUUGUGUUUAAUGGAAUAUUGUAUGCGAUCUUCAUGUUGCAUGCUGCAUUUAUUCAUGUCUGAGCUAGAUACUUGUGACAGACAUACUUACUUUGCUUAUGAUAAAUUUUUGGAAAUUAAUACACCACCACAAUUGUAAUUUAUUUCUCUAAUUUUUCACUACCUCAUACCUGAAAUACAAAUAUUUAUACUUAAAUGUUUAAAACAUUUGUAAUUUACUUGUUUAAAAAUUAUCACCACAUUUCCAUUCGUAGAUUGUACUAUUUGUUUUAUUGCAAAAGUUAAUCACUGCUAAGUUUGUAUGUUAUUCAUAGAUUCUUUUAUUUCAUAUAAGUUAAGUUUGUACCAAAACAGAUUCUUUAAUAGUUUGUUAAGCAGUGGAUGUUAUUGUAUCCUUUUGAUUUUUGUAACAUUGGAUUGAAAUAAAUAGGUAUAUGAUCCAAAAUCAAAGGUUUUAUUUUGUCACUUCAGAUUCUUGUACAAGUUAAUAUAUUUUGCCAUCAGAGUCUGUAGUUCAGCAAUUAGCAAUCAUUAACUACAAUCAAAAUCACUAAUAAAAUUUGUAGAACAUUUAAUUAUGUAAGUAGUGCAUAAUUUUUAUUUUCUAUCAUUUUCAAUUUUCCCAUCUACUCAUUGUAAACAGAAAUUUUUUUUUCCAGUCGGUUGGUUUGUUGUUUACUAAAUUUUAGAUGUUCAGAAUUCUAGACAGGAAAAUAAUUUUCCAUCUCAAUCUGUGUGUGAAAACAUUUUCUAAAAUAAAAUGUGACAGAAUGGUGACGUGGUAAAUGUGUUUAUUAACGUAACCUAAAUAUGUGAUUGUUUUUUCACUUUUUACAUUAAAGCAUUAUUACUUAGUAAAGUUAACCAUAUAUUAUUGAGUACCACUGGAUAGGGUAAGAAUACUGUCCUCAAAUAAAUGUUACACUUUCACUUGACUUUUUCUUUGAUACUUGAAUGGGCUAAGUAGCGUGCGUGUAGUUGGUAGCAGUUAUAUGAUUGCUCCAAGAUCUUAUAAGGUCUAUGUACGUGGCUAAAAUUUUUUCUAUUAAGUAUUUCAUAUAGGGUACACUGUUUUACACAAAACUUCUGAAUAUAUUCAUAGUUUUCGCACAAAAAAAAAUUCAGGCUAUGCAGGCUGCCUACUUUACUUACUUAUUUAAUGACCAAAAUGGGUAUCUUCACACUGCUGUAUCUUAAAACCUUUCAACUCAGUAUCUAUAAAACCACCAAAGAUAUGUUCAUUAAACAUUGUUACACACUUUCUGAAAAGACUGUAUGCCCCACGGGCUGCCUUUUGACUGGGAACUUCAUGCAUGUGAUGGUUUUGCCCCUGGGGCUUUUUUUGCAGCUGUAAAGAAAAUAGCAAUGGUACCUUAUAAUUUCAGGUAGAUGGGCACCAUAAUGCAGUGCUACAGAAGUAUUUUUUCUUUGAGGCGGGUGGCGAGACUAGUUGUGACCAAGGAUGGAUCUAGCCUCUGUUUCUCUUGGGGCAGAACUUGUGAUAAGUGCCCUCUUUCCCCCACCCCCCUCAAAAAAAAAAUAAAAAACUAUAAAUGUACCAGGCAUAAUUGGUUUUGCAUGCCGUGCAAACACACUAGAAACUGAGACUGAGAACUAAAGAUCUCCAUUGAAAAAAUGAUUGUUGAUAAUGGGUAAAAUCAAAAUAAGGGUAGAUAUUGGAUGAUUGUUUUUUUAUGUUCACCUUUUAAUUCACACUUUUUUGUAAUCCACAAAACUUUGGAUGGCUCGUCCUGCAUCCCCUGUAACCCAACGCCCGUGGGCAAGCUGCCCCUCCUCCCCCCUCACCAUUCAAACUAGGUAGUAAUUGGAUAGCAAAACAAAUUGUAGCUGUAUGAAGGCUGAUCUAUAAAUAAAAAUGACUGUUUGUUUAUUUGUCUCCCAUUCAUCCAAUUGCGAUGAAACUUUGGUGAGUUGUUCCAUGUGUAUGCCCGUGAAGGUUUCUGAGUUAGUACAACCAUUUUACAAUAGGUGGUAUGCAAAUUGUUUCAACAAAUGUGUGUAUUUCAUAUAUUCAUAUAGUUGAGCAGCAGUUUGUGUACGUUUGGUGUUUUUGGUGUAUGAGUGCGCACACAUUACAGAAUUCUAAAUGAAUCAAAUGCAAACAGCAAACAAUUCACAAAAUUGAAUUGAAUCAAAUACAAACAGCGACA